UUGCAAGUUACCGUCACCGUUAAAGUUCAAACGGGGAAAAAAUGGGAAAUUCAACAAAAAAAUCCAUGGCUAUUUUAGUAAAUUCAAUUCCCUUGAUUUUCGCCCUCCCGCUAUAAAUCCUCGCUGCCGCUUGGCGACCGAUUUACUAUGCUUUCUCUCUUCAGCAAAGUUCCAAAUUGAAAUUUAUAAGGCCAAAAGAGAGAGAGGGUGAAAUCAAUUAAUUUUCAGCAAAUAUGUUAGUUUAUCAGGAUCUUCUCACAGGUGAUGAGCUCCUCUCAGACUGUUUCCCAUACAAAGAAAUCGAGAAUGGAAUGUUGUGGGAAGUAGAACGAAGAUCUUUAAUGCAGUGGGUUAUCCAAGGAGCUGUCAAUGUAGAUAUUGGGGCUAACCGUUCAGCAGAAGGUGGCGAUGAAGAUGAAGGUGUUGAUGACCAGGCUGUAAAGGUUGUCGACAUUGUCGACACUUUCAGACUUCAGGAGCAACCUGCAUUUGACAAGAAGCAGUUUGUCACCUUCAUAAAGAGGUACAUCAAGAACUUGACACCCAAAUUAGAGCCAGAGAAGCAAGAGUCGUUCAAGAAGAACAUAGAGGGGGCAACUAAGUUUUUGCUUUCGAAGAUUAAAGAUCUCCAAUUUUUUGUGGGCGAGAGCAUGCAUGAUGAUGGUAGCCUGGUGUUUGCAUACUACAAGGAAGGCACCACCGAUCCAACCUUCUUGUACUUUGCCUAUGGCUUGAAGGAAGUCAAGUGGUAAUGGAGUCCUUCGCCUGAUAGUGAACUGACUGCGCUUUUGUAAUUCUAGAUAUAAGUUCUAUACCAUUUAGUGCUACUCUUAGUUCAUAUAUAACUCGGUGUUACUAUUUAUCAUUUUACAUGUUCUUGUGGCAAUGAGGAUAUAUUUAAAACUUGAUUGAGGAGUAAAAUAGUGUUUUUUCCAAUAUU